AUGAAGUUCUCCACCGCAUCUGCAUUGACUCUCGUCGGGGCUGCCCAAGCUUUCCCAAACAUGGCGAAGCUUAUGCAAGCCGGAUCUGCUGCCCAGCUUGAGAAACGCUACACUGAGAACAUGGAGGCUUUUGGUCACCUUGAAAAGCGUGCCUACGGCGGCAACACUGGCGUGCACCAGUACGUCGCACCCAAGGCUGGUGACUACCGUGGCCCUUGCCCUGGUCUCAACGCAGCGGCCAAUCACGGCUACCUGAACCACAAUGGUGUCACUGACUUUGCUCAACUCGUUCAGGCACAGAUGGACGUCUACAAUGUGGGUAUCGAUCUUGCAAUUUUGCUCUGCACCGUUUCCAUUCCUCUCGACGGAGACAUUGUCACUACGAGGAUGUCCAUUGGAGGUGACGCAACUGCCCUCACUGCAUUGGGCGGCGAACUCCAGGGCAAUACCCUUGGGCGCCAGGGAGGUCUCAACACUCACAACACGUUCGAGGCUGACUCGUCCCUGACACGUAACGACGUUUUCCUGGCCAACGGUGACAACUACAGCUUUAACGGAACAUUGUUCGGCAUGAUGACUCAGACGUGUCAAGAAACCUCCGGUGGCCUGUACGACUUUGCCUGCAUGACAAAGUACAGAGAACAACGAUACUACGAGAGCAAGGCCAACAACCCAAACUUCUACUUCGGUGUUAAGUCUUUGCUUUUGUUCGGUGCCUCUUCUUUCCUUUACACGUUGAUGCCUAACGGCAACGAUAACAUUCCCUCGUACGCUGUUGUCUCGUCCUUCUUCGGCGCUGGCAAGAACGCUGAUGGCACUUUCAAGAGCCACGCUGCAGGCGUUGGUGAGAAGAUUCCCGACAACUGGGUGCCCCGCAAGACACCAUACACGAUCACUGAUGUUGGUUCAGAGAUUCUGAAGCAGUACUUUGGAACCACUCCUCCUGUUGCCUUUGGUGGAAAUGCCGGAAGCCUUGGGUUCAAUGCUCUCAACGCCGGCACUGCCAUUCAAAACGGUCAGCUCAAUGUGAAGACUGCAUCGGACUUGCGUUGUCUGCUAUUCCAGAUUGCUACCGACAACUACCCGUCCAGCCUCUCUGGCGGUGUUGCACUGCUCUCUGCUGCCGGAAAGGCAUUUGCUGUCGCCAAGCUCUUGCCAUACACAACCGUUUCCGGUUGUCCAGCUGUGCCUGGCCAGCCCGUGCUCAGCGCUUAA